GGGAUUUGGUGUCGUUCGCUAUGGCAACUUACAUUGCAUUAUGCCCCGUGCCAAUGGCAAUUUUCACUUUCACGAUGCUAUACCCCUGCAUGCCGCCACUGAUUACGGGACUGAUAUACUGGACAAAGGACGCGACCUGCAGUUUAAAUCUGGUGUCAAAAAUUGUGAUCGGCUUAUUGGAAAGUUACACGUGGUGCAUGAAGAUGGUGAUGGGAUUUCCUGCCAUUUACUUCUUUUUGAUCCAUCCUGGGUGCGUGCAAAUCUUUCUUUUGGAAGAAAUUCACAGAAAACUUACUUCCGGACUUUACACAGAGAUCAGGAAGUAUCGAUACAUCCAAACCCUCUCACUUUUGCAGAACGAGCUCCUAAAGCAGCCCGGAAUUCAAGUACUUGUCGGUGGCAUCAUCAUAACUGAGACGGUCUCAAUUUACAUGGUUUUCCGAUCGUGGCAAAUCCUUCCCCUUCCGGCCCUCGGUUUCUUUGGUAUUAUAGCGACAUCGUUUUUCUUCACAAUUCAUGUCUAUUUCAAGGCAAUAUCGAAUCCGUUUGUAAAGUCGGUGGAAUUGGUGCGGUUUGGAGGGCAGAUGAGAAACAAGUGGGUUCAAGCGUAUUUACGGAGUUGUUCACCGAUUAGAGUGUCGCUAGGAGAUGGAAGCUAUUUCGGUAAGAUCACAUCCCUCAAAAUUUGGCAGUAUUGCAUGGAUAGGCUAGAAAUGAUACUGCUUCUCUGAAAUUGUUUCAACACACAGAUACAUAAUUCCUGAUUGUCCGAGCUGUGUUGCAUAUAGUAUAAUUUCUUUAAUA